CGUAAGCUCUCAGUCACGCGUUCAAGCCAUCACGCGUGCAACUCUCUCGAUGUGCACACGCUGCCGCUGCCAGUAACCAGUGCAGAUGUGAAGCAUCAUGAGACGCAUCGCACUCUCUGCACUCAUAAGCCUGCGCCAGGCACGCAGCCUCUCGAUCCUGCAGCGCGGUGCGCACCAUGCAGUGGUGCGAGGUGUCCUGGACCGCAGCGACGUCGACGCGAUACGACGGCAGGCGGGACAGGCCGUCGCCGUGAGCACGGACGGCCGCGCGUCACACGUCAAUUGCUUCGACCUUCACGAAUUGCCGGACGUUUUGAAACGGCUUCAGGAAGCGAUCGGUGUCGUCACGGAGGACCGCUCGUGGCCACCGCUCGCCGAGGACUUCCAGAUGUGCGACGCGCAGCAUUGUGUUUAUAGCACUGGCGGACAUUUCGACUGGCACCUCGACGACGAGUCGGACGGGGCGCAAGGCUUUCGUCGGCUGUCGGCAGUGGUGCUCAUGUCCGACAGUGGUGAAUUUGAAGGCGGCGCGUUCUGCGUGGAUCGCUCGGAAGCGUCGGCGUUGCCCCUCGCGAACUGUGGAGACGCGGUAAUUUUCCAGGGCGAGCACCUCUGGCACCGCGUCGGCGCCGUCACGGCGGGCCGCCGCGAGACGCUCGUGCUUGGCACGUUUGAUCGAGCGAAACGGACUGUCCGGUUCGCCACGACUGGGUCGGCGGAGGAGACAAUUCGCGUGCCUGUCGUCUCGAAGAUCCGAGGACUUCUGCCGGCCGUCGAGCGCGAGCUAGACGCGUACGCGCUGCCGCCAGUAGACCUGGUGGAGUCCUCUGGCGACGACGCCGCGUGGCGAGAUGCGCACGUCGCGUUGGCGGAUCCAGGGGUCAUCGCCGGAAAGCUGGAUGGCGCCGAGAACCUGGAGUGGCUCCAGUCGACGUGGGCGGGGACAAACGCGUUGAUGGAAGGCCGUAGAGACUUUCGCUGCACGAAACUCUCGGGCUGCUUUGGACCUUUGAUUAGCGAGUACGUUUUUGCCCAUCUUUUGGGCAACAGUGCGGGGUCGCGACUCCUGCGGUCGGCACGAGGGUGGGCCCAGAAGGAAUUCAUAGAGGUGGCACGGCCGCUCAAGCGCCAGACUCUUGGCGUCCUUGGGACGGGUGACAUUGGGACACAUGUGGCCGGCGUGGCGAAGGCGUUCGGAAUGGAGACGCUUGGCCUCGCGCGAGACGAAGCUCCAAGGACCAACUUCGACGACACAACCCGAGACGUCGACGAGGUCCUGCGCCAGAGCGACGUGGUUCUCUCCGCGCUGCCCUCGACGCCGGCGACGCGCGGGCUGCUCGACGGCAGCAGAUUACGUGCGUGUACGAAGCGGCCGGUGCUCAUCAACGUGGGCCGCGGCGACCUCGUAAGUGCGGCGAGCGUCGUCGAGGCGCUGGACAAUGGCUGGAUAGGUGAGGCCGCCUUGGACGUUUUCGAGGUCGAGCCCCUCCCGGCUGAUUCACCGCUCUGGGCACGCGACGAUUGCUACGUGACGCCCCACGUGGCGGCGCUGAGCCGCCCGGAGGACGUUGCGACGGUGUUUGUCGCGAAUUUGGACCGGUAUUUUCGCGGCGAGCCGCUGCUGUACGAGGUGGACUGGGGGAAGGGGUAUUAAUUUGUGGUUUG